AUGUUCUUAUUCUCAUUAAUUUGUUUAUAUUUAAUUUUCUAUAUUCCAACAAUAAAUGCGCAAUCAUCAUUCGCGCCUAAUAGUUUAACAAAAGCAGAACAUGGAAUAUUAGUUGACGACAAAAUUAUAUUCUUUGAUAGUGCUGACUUUGGCAUUAUUAAUAAUACGAAUGCUUUUGCCUUGGAUCUUUCUGUAAAUUGGACCACAUCAACACCAGCUUUCACAAAAAUUGAUAAUAUAUCCAAUGGGCCGACGUUUAACUAUGCUGCUUUUAGUGCGUUUGAAACGAGCAAUCGCACGUUAAUAUAUGCUUUUGGUGGACUGAUUCCGGCGAAAGUUAAUAAUUGGGAUGUAGGGAAUAUCGUAGACGACUUCUAUGAGAUUAAUAUGGCGUCUUAUACAAUUUCGCUUGUUCAAUCCGGAAGUAUUUUACCAAAACCACGCUGCAAUGCUAAUUCGAUUUUUGAUGACAAAGGAAAUCUUUAUAUCUGGGGAGGAGAAACUGCUACAACAGAUCAAGCCAUGUACAUAUUUGACACAGUUAACUCAACGUGGAACUCAAUUCUCCCAGCCACUUCUUAUGUUCCUGCGCAAAGAUCAGGUUAUUCAGUGACUUUUAGGGAUAACAAAAUUUAUUAUGUUGGUGGCGUUUUUGCUAAAUCCCCUGAUCGUAACUGUGUCGAUAUUCGCGAGAUUAUCAUAUAUGAUACUCUCAAUCAAAAUAAUCCAUGGGAUUUAAAAAAAGCAACAAAUAAUACAUAUAUAAGUAACCGCUAUUCUCACGCAGCCGUUCUUGCGCCCAAUAAUCAAAGCAUUAUCUUAUAUGGUGGCUCAAAAUCAAAUGCUUCAGGCAUUCCGGAUGAUUAUUUGAUUACCUUAGACUUGCGAACAUUCGAAUUUUCAGAGAUUAUAGCUAAAAACAAGCCUAGCAUUAACGAUAACGCUGGAUGGCCUACUCCUCAGCUUUUGGACCUCGGAUUUGAGGGUCAGUAG